AUGUUUUCGUUUGGUCCAAUUUUGCUCAAAAACAUUCGCCAGAGGGCCUUUGAGCUAUUUUGCAUAGAGCAAAACCAAAUAAACCACUCCUUGAAAAAUCUUCCUGCUGCAGAAAAGAAAAAGGCUUUCACGAAAGCAUUCAAGUCGCUUUCAACGAAUGACUACGAGAGCCUCAAGGCACGUGCAGAAACGUUUGAAAAACAAGAGCUUUCCAGAGCCAAGACCAACAAGAAUCGAUCGAAGACGUUGAGGAAUGUACCCAAAAUAUCGUUGUAUGAAUUUUUUGUCAAGGAGCAAAGCAGUAGUCCGUCGAUCACGGUGUUAAACAACCCGCGAGAUCGUGAGCUUGUGUUGUUUGAGAUUUUUAAUAAUCUACCGGCUAAAGCCAAGAAGGCCCUGGAGAAGCGUGCUGCCGAAUACGACGCAUACCGAGCCGCAAGAGUUGCAUACUACGAAGCAAAAGCAAACCAAAUGACUGUAACGAUAGAGCCAUCCAAGAACACCGCAACGACCGGGAAGGCGACCUCCAAAUCGAAGCGGAAGAAGAGCACCGAAAAAGGAGGGGAACGGGUUCGCGUAGUUUCACCGUUCGCGCGUUUUGUCAAGGAGGAAAUGCCAAAGGUUCAGGAUUUACCCCUCAAAGAACGCAUGAAAGAGAUUGCGCGUCGAUGGAAGGGGCUGCGUGAAAGCGAACGCGCCACCCCUCUGGAGGCGGGGGCUUCCACGGAGAAGCCGACCUCCAGCGCCGGCGAGGUGGAGGCCGCGUCACCGGAUGACACGGUGGCCUCCGACACGGGAGCGGCGGUCUCGGCUCGGAAGGACGAUCCCGCGACGUCCUCGAUCGCCUUUGAUGACACGGCGGAGGGGACGGCCGGGCCCUCCGACGCGGCAGGACAAGCCGAAGUGGGACAGGUUGGGGUAGGACAGGCCGGGGCGGGCGUCCCGUCCCAGCCUGAGGCCCCCUUGUCACCGCCCGCCCUCGUGGUUCCGGCAACGCCCCCCGAGUCCUCCGUGCCCAUGGCAACACCAGAAGACGGGAAGGUCGACCCAUCGAAGGUGGGGUCGGAAGGCGGUGGCGGCAGUCGCAACGACAACCCAUCAGAUCAGGAUAGCCUUAGGAAAAAGAUUCUGAAACGCAAACUUGUGAAAAAGAAAAAGGGCGCCCCAGCUCCACCCCCACACAAGUCCUCGUUGUGA